AUGGCGACCGCGGCCUGGGGCGGCCCGGCGCUGCGGGCCCUGCGCCGCAUGUGCUCGGGCCCCGGCCUCGCGCCGCAGCAGGGCGCGACCGCUGCCGGGCGGCAGCCGCCGCGGGCGGUCUCGGCCACGCCGGGCGCGGAUAUGGUUGCGUUCGCCUCUCGUGACUGGUGGGCGCCCGCCAUCAGCGGAGAUCUGCCGUACCCGCGGGCGUCCGAUGUCCACGUGUCCGUGCUCUUCGGGCCCCGCGCGCGAGAGUUGAGCCCGAGCCGCCGCGACCGGCUGCGCGGGAGCCGCGAGGCAGUCGACGAGGCGGGCGGUUGGUUCGCCAUCGGGCUGCACCGGUGCAAGUACUCGAGCAACCACGACUCGCUAUGGCGCGGCGCGUGGCAGAUGGGCGCGUCCUUCGUGUUCCUUGUUGGCGACCGCCUGGGCGGCGUCGCAGCUGGCAACGCGGACACCUGCCAGGGCUGGCUGCGGCUGCCCUCCCUUAAUUGCAUCCUGACGCCUCCGCGACUUCGACGCCCUCCUGGAGGCGAGCCCGGAGGGCGCAGCCCUGGUGGCGGUGGAAAUGGGCGGGCAGCCGUUGGAGGCAUUCCGGCACCCGCAACGCGCCGUGUACCUGCUCGGGCGGAGGACCACGGCCUGCCGCCGAGCGUGGUCGCGAGGUGCACCCACCACGUGCAGCUCCCCACCGUCCGCGAGUCGUCGCUGAACGUGGCCUGCUGCGGCGCCGUGGUCAUGUACGACCGCGAGCAGAAGAGGCGCCUGGGCGUGUGCCAGGCCGCCCCCACAGAGGCGCGCCACGCCGACCGCCACUCCGUGCGGCCAGGCAAGCGGCCUGCCCUCGGAUGUGGCGCCGGCGAACGGAGCGAGGCGCGCUGGCUCGAGGUCAAGGCGCGGGCCCUGGACAAGGCUUCGGCCCACUGCAGGGAACAGGACGGCGGGGAGCUGGCCCUGCUCCGCCUCGCGCUGGACGGCCAGGAUGGCCUCUUCGUUUCCUUCGCGCUGCCGCCCGAGGUCCACGUGCUCGAGGAGGAGGGCUCCGGCGCGGCGCCGCCCAGUGUGCAGCGGCUGCGCGUGCAGGCUGGUGAGGCAGCGGCCCAGAAUGAGGGCGCAGGGGAGGACCAGCGGCUGCUGCGGGCCCUGCGGGCGGCGGCGGCCGCGGGCGGGGGGAGCGGCCUCCGCGCGCGCCUCUCGCCGCUGCUGGUCCACGUGCGCUGCCGCGACCUGGGCGUCGCUCACGGCCUGCUCAAGGAUCAGGGCAUCUAA